AUGAGAUAUGUUUUAAAUAUUAUAUCAAAACAUGCAUUUUCAAAAGAGACAGAUUAUGAUGAAACUUUAAAAGAUGUUGGUUUCUUUUCAAAUGUUUAUUAUCCUAUUCAUAGAAUCAACCAAUUGAUGGCAAUAUCAUUUGCUACUUCUCUAUCAAAUAUUUUAGCUCCCAUUUCCUAUUUGAUUAAAUUGGCACUUCAAAGAGAUUAUGAUACUCUUUUACAACAAUUAAAUUCAAUCUAUAAUGAACAUUUAUCUACAUUGGAUCCAGAAAAUCCAAGGGAUUUAUGUGACCUGAUGAUUGUAUCAAAUUAUGAAAAAGAAUUUAUUAUAAACACUUGUUAUGAUAUGUAUACUGGUUUGGAUACAAUUCUUCAUACAUUAGAAUGGUCACUUUUAAUGUUAAAUAAUUAUCCCAUUAAAUCUAUGAAAUUGUUGGUGGACAACAACAACAACAAGUCUCCAAAUCUCAAUGCAUUCAUUCUAGAAGUUUUUAGGUAUAGACCAACAGCUAUUCUUUCAUUUCCUAGAAGGUGUACACAAGAUACUAUUAUUGGUGAUUUCUUUUAUCCAAAAGAUAGCUUGGUUGGUGGCAAUAUUGACUCUAUUAACCAUGAUCCAGAUUAUUUUGAUGAUCCAUUUACCUUUGAUCCUCAAAGAUUUGUAAAUCCUCCCAUAGGUGAAUUAAAUAACAAAGACAAUCUUUGUCAUUUCGGUGUUGGACCUAGAAUGUGUCUCGGUGCCAAUUUGGCAAUGGACACCUUAUACACCGCUAUUUCCAACAUUAUCCUUGGUUUUAAAGUAACUGGUCCAAAUGGAGAAUACCAAUUUUUGGAUGAAGCCGAACAAGUCAAGAUAUUCAGUGCACCCAAAAAUCAUUCUUAUCUUUUAAUUCCAAGAGUUUUGUCAGACUAA